GUCCCCAGCACUGAGCACCCGGGAAGCAGCCCUCAAAUACAGAGCCGGGAGAGUUCCCCAGAGCCGCCCGAGAGGUCCCCAAAACAUAACAAAAAACAACAACCGCAAAAAGACCCAGCUUGAAGUCCCAGCACUGCCACUGACUAGCCUGGUGAUUUGGAGAGGAUUAGCACAGCAUGCUGGGCUCUGGAUUUAAAGCUGAGCGUCUACGAGUCAAUUUGAGAUUAGUCAUAAAUCGUCUUAAACUGUUGGAGAAAAAGAAAACUGAAUUGGCCCAGAAAGCACGGAAGGAAAUUGCUGAUUAUCUCGCUGCUGGGAAGGAUGAACGAGCUCGGAUCCGAGUGGAGCACAUUAUCCGGGAGGACUACCUGGUGGAGGCCAUGGAGAUCCUGGAGCUGUACUGUGAUCUGCUGCUGGCUCGGUUUGGCCUCAUUCAGUCUAUGAAGGAUCUGGAUACUGGCCUGGCGGAAUCUGUGUCUACGUUGAUCUGGGCUGCUCCUCGGCUCCAGUCAGAAGUGGCUGAGUUGAAAAUCGUGGCUGAUCAGCUGUGUGCCAAGUAUAGCAAGGAGUAUGGCAAGUUAUGUAGAACCAACCAGAUUGGCACUGUGAAUGACAGGCUGAUGCACAAACUGAGUGUGGAAGCCCCACCCAAAAUCCUGGUGGAACGGUACCUGAUCGAAAUCGCCAAGAACUACAAUGUUCCCUACGAGCCUGAUUCUGUGGUCAUGGCAGAAGCUCCUCCUGGGGUGGAGACAGAUCUUAUUGAUGUUGGAUUCACAGAUGAUGUGAAGAAAGGAGGGGCCCCUGGAAGAGGCGGAGGGGGCGGAUUUGCAGCACCAGUUGUGGGGCCUGAUGGAGCAGUGCCAGUGCCCAUGCCCAUGCCCAUGCCCAUGCCAUCUCCAGGCGCGCCUUUCGCAUACCCACUUCCCAAGGGACCAUCGGAUUUCAAUGGAUUGCCAAUGGGGACUUAUCCCAGUAUUCAUCCACCUCAGAUACCAGCAACUCCCCCAUCGUAUGAAUCUGCUGAUGACAGUAAUGCUGAUAAGAAUGUCUCUUCUGCACAGAUUGUUGGUCCCGGACCAAAGCCAGAAGCAAAGCCCUCUCCUAGACCCGUGGAUACCUACGAUAACUUCGUGCUGCCGGAGUUGCCCUCUGUACCAGACACCCUGCCAACUGCGUCAGCUGGGGCCAACACCUCAGCAUCCGAGGACAUUGACUUUGAUGAUCUUUCCCGGAGAUUUGAAGAGUUGAAGAAGAAAACAUAGACACUUAAAACCCGGCAAUAUCACAAGUUCUGGGAGUUGAGACUGAGCAGUUUCUCCUUGUAACAAAGAAUCUACACGACCCUGUUUCAUCUCCCAACCAUCACGGAGCACACUCUUCUCUGGGCUCUUCCUGCUCUACCAAAUUCUGCUGCUUUCCAGUUUUCUACUGCUCACAGGAGACUAACAACUGGAUACUUUCUGAGCUGAAGAGUGUCCUGUCAGUGUGAUCCCAGUUCUCUCACUCAUCCCACCGUCCUUCACAGGGAAGAGAGAGGAGGUGAGAGCGAGUGGGAGAGUUGCCAGCGCUGGCUGGGCGCGUGGAGGAGACACUUCACGAAGUGUUCUAGCCGUCGCUGACCCCUCAGUACAAGGCCAGGUUUACAGAUAUUUUCUCGCUCAAAUCUGAAUGAGAAAGAGAAGACUUAGGAAGCUGUUUUAACAGUUCCGGAAGCGGGGUCCUCUCGUUGGCAUGUACACUACUCCUUGCUACAGGGCACUGUUCCACCUGGAUCCAGUCGCAAAGCUUUUUUGGAAAGUUGAAAGCCUCUUUUAGUUCUGCUGGAUUCUCAGGGAGCCCUCUGUGGCCUUUGGCUUUAUUUUGAGUGCUGGUCCCCUUUUACCAGAGGUCAGCACUAUAAAAAAAUACUAGUUUUGUUUUUGUUUUUGUUUUCCCUAGAGCAUGUUCUGUGGGCUGGCAGUACUGGCAAAGAACUGGCCUCACAUUGUGCAGAAUGACGUCACCAUUCCAGGCCAAGGUGGACUUCCAGUUGCCUUAAUAGAAGUACUCAAGUCUCUUGGGUAAUGAGCUGGAAAGCCUGUAGAAGAGGGGUUCCUGUUUUCAUUUGAAAACUUGAUGAUUAAGAGAACCUUUAAAACUAAUCUCCGAUUCAGAUUCUAGUGCCCAUGUGGCUGCAGUAGUUCUCUGCUCUCCUGGGUGUCUGCUCCUUUGCCCCUAGUGAAGGCCAUCCUUCCCCGCGGGGCUGGCUGUGCGAUGCAGAAUGGGACGUUGGCCUCUUUCUAAUUGUUUCUGUACAUUCCUCUUUCAAGCAGCUUUUCUUUAAUGUUAUUGAUUGGUUUGUAUCUCAUAGCUCAGUAGCUGAAAAUAAAGUUAAAGAUUCUGUACUCUGCUUUCUCCACUGCUUUGGUUAAGCAAUGAAGUACAAUUUUGGAUUUUAGAAGAGGGUAUUACAAGCAUGUGACCACACAGGGCACAGCCAGAUCGCACCUUGGGCUCCCUGCCUCCGUUUAUGCCGGAUCUGGAAUUUGCUUGGUUCUUCUUCUGGACCAGGGCUCCCCAUUAUCAAAUUUGUGCCUAUUUUUAUUUUUCGGGAGAUGGAAGUAGGAAAAGAAUCUGGGCCUCCUGCAUGCACUCCAGCUUGUUGAGCUCACCCUUGAGCACUGCUUUUUUGAUAAGCUGCAGUCAGCUCCGUGUGAUUUCUCGUUUCCCACGGCCAUCCAGGAACAUGGGUGUGGAGUGUUCUCUUAGUGGGUGCUGGUUAUUCUGUAACCCUUUCCCAACAGUGCUAAGACCCAUAAACAUAGGACUGGCAGCCAAGGGGACCUUGAUUUCUCACCAGUAAAAACUCAUAAACACCUGUAACUUUUCUACACAAAAACAUUCAGAGUAAUGAGAUGGACUAGAAUGAGUCAAGCAGGGCAUUACAAUGGCUCACCUUUGGAGACGUCCAUCAGUGCCCGCUGCUAGUCUGGCUGUUUGCCUGUGUCUUCUGCUGCCUCUGGAUUCCUAACAAACUUGAGAGCUUCUGUAGCAGGAUGUCUGUGAGGGCAGCUGCUUUCUGAGUCUUCAAGAAGAAACAAUGACAAUAAAAAUUCAAUAAAAAG